UAGAAAGAAAGAGAAAGAGCAAGAAUGGAGCAGCCAAGAGCGAAGCUAAAAUAACUUGAACAGAGAGAGGCACUGAAGCGUCGAUGGAAAAAACAACUGUUAGACGGACGCAAUGACACCAAAAGACAAACUGACACAAAGAAUACAUCCAGGAAGAGUGUGACUAGGACCAGGACUCAGCUGACCUGUAACAGGACUGAACCACCAUGGACUAUGAACCAAAGAAAUCCAAGAAGGGUUUUGUCUCGCCCAUUAAGCGACUCGUCUGGUCCAAAUCCGGCCGCAGGCCGACAGAUCGAGGUUGCGUUUACCGCCGCCCCCUGCACACCGUCCCCCUCUACCCUCCUGACUACCUCAUCCACCCUGAGAGACUCAUAUUCGACUACGUGGAGAAAGAGGUCAAGUUCCUUGGUCACCUGACAUGGGUGUCGGUUUCGCUGAACCCUUCCAGCCGAGACGAGCUGUUACAGCUACUAGACACAGCCAGGCAGUUGAAGGUGCUGCCCCUGAAGACCAGCGUGGAUCAGGACUGUAUUCUGAGUCUGUCUGCUCGCUGCUUGCUGCUGACGUGGAGAGACAACGAGAAGCUGCUGAUGAGGAUCCCCACACAUGAGAUCGCUGCUGCCUCCUACCUGAGAGACGACGCACUGCACCUGCUGGUUCUGAAGACAGGUCUAAACGUGGAUAGUGUGGUUGCCGGGGAUGACAGCCUGGACAGGAAAAAAACAUCAGGCAUCGAUGGCCGACGUCAGACCAUGAGCUGCAAUGCGGACCCACGACCCGCAGGGGGUACAAUGGAGCGACGACACACUAUCUGUGGAGUUGACUGGAGGCCGUCCCUGUCCAGGAGUAACCACGACAAAAACCAGAAUGUGGACAGAGGAGGGGGUGGAGGAGGAGGAGGAGAGCGAGGAGGAGGAGGAGGAGAGCGAGGCGCAGGAGGGAGCUUGGAGAGAAAGAGAGUGGGAGGGAGCUGGGAGAGGAGGCAGCAGACACGUAAAACGGGAGGGAGCUGGGAGAACCGCAGAGCGAGGCCCAUGAGCGGCAGCUGGGGGGUGGGAGUAGGAGGAGGCGCGGGAGGGAGCUGGGAGCGGAGGCAUGGAGGAGGUGGUGGAGGAGGAGGUAGCUGGGAGAGGAGGGGAGGGGGUGGCGGAGGUGGUGGCGGAGGGAGUUGGGAGCGGCGACAAGCCUGCACAGGGAGCUGGGAACGGGGUAAGAGCUAUGGAAGCUGGGAGAGGAGGAACCACAACCCCCUGGAGCCCACGCCCUGUCCGGACGCCUACUGCAACCUGGUCAUCCUGGCUGUGGAGAACAGGGAUGCUGCAGAGGAGUACUGUUCUCUGAUCUGUCAGAUGUUCCAGAUCAUUUACGGCCAUCAGACCAUCGAGUGUGUCGACAGGGCGGGAUUUCACCACAGCAUGCCGGACCGCUACUGGCUACAGAGGAGUGACAGCUGCCUUACUGACAUGUCCUACACUUAUGAUCCAGAGUUCAGCUGCUGCAGCUCUUACGAUGGUUCCCAGGAUGCCUUUGAGCUCUACUACAGUGAGACCUACAGUGAGAGUUCGUCCCUCUCGCUGCAGGACUCCCAUCGCAGUCUGGCGUCCGUCAGUGAUGGAGGAGACAGUAACCCUGCCCUGCUGCUGAUGCAGGAGUACAUGAUCACUCUGCGUAACAAGCUGAGUCCAGUGGAGCUGCAGCAGUUUGCAGUCUUGCUGAGAGAAUACAGGCUGGGAUCAAACAUCGACCACUUCUGCUCCGAGCUGCUGCAACUGUACGGAGACAACCGCAAGUUCCUGCUGCUGGGCAUGCGUCCGUUCAUCCCAGACAAAGAUGUUGGAGCAUUUGAGAGUUUCCUGGAAAGUAUUGGGAUUCGGGAGGGCGGGAUUUUAACUGACAGCUUUGGACGGAUCAAACGCAGCAUGAGCAACACGUCGGCCACAGCCAUGAGAGGCAGGUACGACAACUGUACCUCCUCAGGAUCUCAGGAAUUCAACCGACGCAUCACUGACAUCACCCAUGACAUCCAGGCUCUCGGCUUCCAGGACACACACGGAGACAUUGAGGAGGAAGACUACUACCUCUGACGGAGAGACAGUAGAAACUAAGUUAGCCAGUGUUCUCUCCACUGAUAGAAAAUAGUUUGACAAUUGAACUUUUUAAUGUUAAACCAAAGCUGGCAUUCACCAGUUGAAAUGAUUAAACCAGAAUGAAUAGAAAACUGUUGGUCAUCGCGUGAAACUCUAAGUAAUUUCCAUGUAUUACUACUUGGUAUUUUCUGAUGGGACUGUAAUUCCUGCUUGUCACCACAAGGAGGCAAGCUAAUAUACAGUAGAUACAUUGAAUAGCUCCACUCUUGCAUAGAUAGAUAGAUAGAUAGAUAGAUAGAUAGAUAGAUAGAUAGAUAGAUAGAUAGAUAGAUAGAUAGAUAGAUAUUUCGUUUCUCUCUCCCAUAGUGCUGCAUUGACCCGUUGUCCUGUAGUCGGCAUCAUGACCUUCCCAUGGUGCACUGCUUCUCUCCCCUCCAGCCCCGCAGCUUCUAUGCCAGCCUCACUGAACAUCAGAUCCACAGAGAGUCAGCACACCAAGGGCCUUCAGCCGAGUCACAUUACUAUUCUGUUCCCAUUAUGUAACAAACAGUGUUAAUUGCAGUCAUUUUAUUUGCAUCAGUAGUGAUUAAAUACACUGAACAGACGAUCAGGGAAAGAGAGAGAUUUAGUUAUGGGUCAGUCAAAAUACUAAAUGUAUGUAUGUAAAGGGUUUCCUUCAUAACUCUUGAAAAUAUUGAAAAGAUCUGUUUUCUGUUGGGGUAAAACUAAGGUGUCUUGGCUCAACAUAUUAGGGUUUAUAAGUGUGGAAAUUUUGAAACUACUGACAGUGGUCAGUUCUGUUAUCACACUGGUGUCACUUGAGCUGCAGUUUUAGUGUGCCUGUGUGUGUGUGUGUGUGCCUGUGUGUCAGGGAAACCAAACACACUGUAUAAACAUGAUCCUCAUCAUCAGAUUACAGCGCCGUAAUCUCCGCAAUCAUCCAUGUGGGGUGGCAUUUAUGAUCAUAUCAUCGCUGUAUUCAUCCUACUGAUGGAGACACACAUACGCGCGCACACACACACACAAGCCCAUCAUCUCAGUGGUAUUAAUCCUGGGUCCGGUAUUAUUUUUGUUUUUUUUUCUUUUACAGUAGAACAACCAUCGAAUAUAUAAUAUGUGUUAUUGUUUAGUAAUAUGUAAAUUUGGCCCACACCCAUGUUAAAAUCUGGAUUAGUAUUUAUUUAAUGGCCCAGUUUGGUCUCACUUGGUUCAUCUAAAAAUGUAUUAUGUAUAAUAUGUAAGAGAUGUUGUGCAUUCACCUUUAUUUCUGUGUAAUAAAUUUAAUUUUAAAAAU